UUUCAUAGUAACUCACAUUAUUUCUAUCUUCACAGAUCUGCCAUAGAAUAUUCUUCUGAAGUAACUUCUGAGCAUGUUCCCAUUCACCACAGCAAGCCAAGUUUUCUAGAAAGCCUCACUGUGCAUUGGCUGAGGCAGAAAACUUCUAAUGGAUACAGCAGAAAACUUCUAAUGAAUAAUAUGACUCUCUACUCUGGACUAUAGAAGUAAGCAUCGAUUCCAUUUGAAUUCUCACUUAGUGGAGCAUCAUAUUUUUAAUGCUAAAAUUUCAUUAAAAUGUAAGGGAAAUUCAGUCCAUAAAUAUGUGCAUUUAUAGAUUUCAAAAUUUUCACUGGAAAUUAUUAAUGGUGAUAAAAUAUUUGUUUUGAAACAGAGUCUUCCUAUGCUCUACACAAUGUCUUUGAAAAGUGUUGUUUUGUGAUCCUUACACACACAUCCCAUUCAAGAAAACUUCACUGUAUGCUUUGACUCAUUAAAUUUUAUUGUGGCCAUGAUGUUAUAAAAAUAUAUAAAUAAAUAAGAAUUGCUUAGUGACAGGAUGGACUUGAGGACCAUGGCAGUUGGAAUAGUGCUCUCACUUCAGACAGCACUGGGUAUUCUAGGAAACUUCUCUCUUCUUUUCUACUACCUAAUCAUUUAUUACAAUGAACACACAUUGAAGAAAAUAGAUAUGAUUCUAAUACAUGUGUUCACAUCCAACUCGUUGAUUGUUCUUUCCAAAGGACUCCCAGAAGUAGUGAGAGCUUUUGGGUGGAAGCAGUUAUUCACUGAUGUUGGGUGCAAGCUUACUUUUUAUUUUCAAAGACUAGCUAGAAGUAUGUCCAUUAGCACCACCUGUUUCUUGAGUGUCUUUCAGGCAAUCACCAUCAGCCCCUGGAACUCCUGCUUGAAGGAAUAUAAAAUCAAAACUACAAAGUUUAUGGGGCUGUCCAUUUCUUUCUGCUGGAUCCUUUUCACUCUAGUAAAUAUGCUUUUCCCCAUGUAUACAGCUACCAAUAGGAAUAAGAAAAAUAAGACACCAAAGAGAGACUUUGAAUUCUGCCAUUCUGUAGGUCGUGACAAACUAGUAGAUAUAAUGUAUACAGCAUUUUGUGUAUUUCCUGAAGUUCUAUUUUCUCUGGUCAUUGUAUGUUCCAGUGCUUUCAUGAUUGCUAUACUUUAUGGACACAGGAAGAGGGUUCAACACAUUCUCCACUCUCAUACCUCCUUCAGAAACUCUGCUGAAAAUAGAGCAACACAGACCAUCUUGAUUCUGGUUUGCACUUUCCUAGCAUUUUAUACUCUUUCUUCAGUUUUACAAGGCUAUAUUGCCCUUUCAGAUAAUCCCAGUUGGGGGAUAAUGAAUAUCACAGCCAUAUUUUCUAUGUGUUUUCCUAUGUUAGGACCAUUUGUGAUGAGUCGUGAUUUCACUUUUUCCAGAUUAUGCUCAACCUAG